UUUUGGCUUGUGGUUUAAACAUGUAUGUUCAACAUUGUCCUGUAGCAGAACGCGUCCUUCAUAAAGCUUGUACACUGUGGCAGUCCUGUUGCGAACUAACUAGCAGGGGCUAGCUGCUACCAUGCUAGCUGGCUAAUCUUUCCUAGCAGCAGCAGCAGCAGCAGCAGCAGCAAGUGAUUUCUUCUAUCAGACAAACUGGCAGUUUUCAUCUCCCCACGCCCGAGGUUUUGGGACCCAAUGUUGCCGCAGGAAGAAACAGACAAACUGAGACAUAGCACUCAAUGAAUGAGUGGCUCACAAGCCAGAAAAACGAAAGAUAUCAAGAGGAGAGACCCUUAUUCUGCAUCAUUCUUGUGUAACAGCUGUUCAGAUUGCAAGACAACUCGACGGCCAGACCGUUGCCAUGUCGACCUCAUCGCUACGGCGACAAGUAAAGAACAUCGUCCACAACUAUUCAGAGGCUGAAAUCAAGGUUAGAGAGGCGACAUCCAAUGACCCAUGGGGCCCCAGCAGCUCUCUGAUGUCAGAGAUUGCUGAUCUGACCUACAAUGUUGUGGCCUUCUCGGAAAUCAUGAGCAUGGUAUGGAAGCGCCUCAAUGACCACGGCAAGAACUGGAGACAUGUGUACAAGGCUAUGACUCUUAUGGAGUACCUGAUCAAGACGGGUUCAGAACGUGUCGCCCAACAGUGCAGAGAGAACAUAUACGCCGUCCAGACCCUCAAGGAUUUUCAAUACAUAGACAGGGACGGCAAAGACCAGGGGGUGAAUGUGCGAGAGAAAGCCAAACAGCUGGUGACACUGCUGAAAGAUGAAGAGAGACUAAGAGAGGAGAGGAUCCACGCCCUCAAAACCAAAGAGAAGAUGGCACAAACCUCAAGUGCCUCCUCAGCUCCCUCGGCACCCAGCCUGGGGGGCAGCCUGUCAGUCGGCUCCCACUCUGGAGGGGCAGACCCUGAGCAGGCCUGGCCACAGAGCACUGGAGAGGAAGAUCUGCAGCUCCAGCUGGCUUUAGCCAUGAGUAAAGAAGAGGCAGAGCAGACUAGCAAGGACCCUCUGGAGGACGCGGAGCUCCGCUAUGCAAUCACACUCAGCAAAGAGGUGCAACAAGAGGAAGAGCGACUGCGCAGAGGUGAUGACCUGAGAUUGCAGAUGGCCAUUGAGGAGAGCAAGAGGGAAAAGACUAAGCCUGAGGAGGGCGCUCUGAUGGAGCUGACUGCCGUGGACCCCUGGGGGGCGCCUGCCACUGCCGCCGCUGUGGGCUCUGCCGGCCCGUCGCCUCCACCCACAGUUCCUGCCCCUGCUGCCUCAGGUCCCUGGGGCGCAGCCCCCACAGACCCAUGGGGGGUAGCAUCACCCACAUCUCCUACAAGCUCUGAUCCCUGGGGUGGGGGUGCCCCACCCACUAUAGCCCCUCCUCCAGACCCCUGGGGAGAAACGUCCAACAGAGUUAACAAUGUCGACCCCUGGGGGAGCUCAGCUGUGACCCCCCCCAGUGCCGACCCCUGGGGCCCCCCAGUGCCACCCAGCACGUCCUCCUCGGGGGGACCAGUAGACCCCUGGGCAAGGGACGGGCCUGUCCCUGCCUCUGACCCUAUCACCUCCGACAUCUGGAGUGGCACCGCCAAACACACAAACGGCACAGGAGACCCAGAGCGACGAGGGUCCCCAGCAAUGGGCUGCGACAGCACAGGCUCACCGGUGCCCUUUGACCUGUCAUCUCUUGGUUCUUCACUUCCUGUUCGUAAGACUCCUGAGUCCUUCCUCGGCCCCAACGCAGCGCUGGUGGAUCUCGAUUCCCUGGUGUCGUCUAAACCCAAACCCAAACAGCCACCGCCUCCUUCCAUUUCUUCCUCAUCAGCGCACAACCCCUUCCUCCAGAACACAGGCUCAUCUCCUGCUCCUGGCAUGGCCGUGACUCCAGGCAGCACCAUUUCCAGCAGGGGGGUUUCUCCAACACCCGUCUCCUCCAACCCCUUCGGCGUGGCUCCACCCAUGACCUCCAUCUCACCUCAGCCCUCAUCACUUGGCCUGAGCGGCCUUCGCUCCAGUCCCGUGCCUCCCAAUCCCAUGCUGGGCAUGGUGCAACCAGGAAUGGGCAUGGGGCCAAUGAGUGUGGGUAUGGGGGCUCCGGGAAUGGGCCUGGGCAUGAUGCAGGCCAGCCCCAUGGGCAUGCCCUACAGCGGGCUCUCGCCUAUGGCACCACCGGGCUCGGCUCUGCUGGGGCCCGUUGGCGUAGCACCUCCUCAGCUGAUUUUGGGUGGGCCCGCUGGAACAGGAGGAGUGAUGGGGGCAGGAGGAUCAGUGGGAGGCGGAGGAACGACGGGAGCGAGCACCAACCCUUUUCUUCUUUGAGGAAGUGUCACCACUACUUUGCUCACCUGUUUCAACCUCCUCUGUCGUACCUGCUGCCCCCUUCAUUCAUCCCCCCUCAACACAGUUUGUGUCCAAAAAGAAAAAUGUGUACAUCUCUAUAUUUAAAGAAAAAAAAAUUAUGUUUAUCUUUUCCUUUGAAAGCAUUAUUUCAUUUCAAAAAUAAUUUUCCAUGUUUAGUUCCUUUUCAUUUCAGUAUGGGUUGUUUGUGGGAGGGAAAUAGAGAUCUAUUUAUUUUUGUUUUAAUCCUGUUCUGUUCUGUUCUGUAUCGUACUUCAUGUUGUGUUUUUGUUUUCAGUCCUGUCUUGAGAUGAAGGUAAGUCUGUGAGAGCAGGAGACUUUUUCAGUAGUGUCACUCUGUUGUAAUAUAACUGCACUGAGAGAGAGAUGGAGGGAGAGGGGACAUAGCCACUAACAAACUGAACAGAGAAACUGUCGUAUCCGCCUCUUCCCCUUCUCUCCCUCUAGAAAUGAAGACAAACACUGAAUCAAUGAAAUGAAACGAGUGCAUGAAGGAUGAUUUUUAACGAACUCCAGACUGAGAUACGGACUGAACAACCUGCAUUAACAUUUCAGGCACAAUGUGGUCAAAUUGUUUCAACUACUUCACUUUUAAUUUAAUUUAAUGUUAAAUGUAAUUUAUUUUUUUCCAAUUUU